AGCAAUUUUUUAGACAUAAUACCAAUAAGUCACUGGAAUAAAUUCUUGAACUGAUAAGUGAAAAAUUUUAUCAGGUUUUAUCAGCAAUUUUAUCAGCAAUUUUAGCAGAUGUACAAUGAUGUAAAGGAUUAAAAUGCAAGAGUAAUAAUAAAAUAUCUCGAAGAAAUGAUCUGUGUCGAGGAACAAUAUUUUAACCUUAAUAAAAUUCUCUUACUCGCUGUGGGUUUAUGGCCUUAUCAGCGAACAAACUUCGUCCGAUUUCAAUUAAUUUUCUUCCUGGGUAUUCUCAUAACUGCUGUUUUAUUUCAAUUGAGUGUGUUUUUAACUUCAAACCAAUCUUCGUAUCUCAUUAUCAGAAUUCUCUCUAUGGCAUCUUUCUUUUCUACAUUUGUAGUAAAAUACGUCUCCUUUAUUUUUAAUAUGGAAGCUAUGAAGAAUUUAUUGGCCCAACUUCAACAUAUAUACAACAAUCUAAAAGAUGAAUAUGAAAACUUUAUUAUAGAAAAGUACAGUUACACUGCUAAAUGGUAUACGGUUAUACUUACAACAAUUGGCAUUUGUAGUGUAUUUACUCUUAUCGUCGUCCAAUUUUGGUCCAAUAUCUACGACGUCGUGUUAUUGAAAAAUGUAUCUCAGUCUCGUCAUUUGCUUAUUACAACAGAAUAUUUUAUCGAUCGAGAAGAACAUUUUUAUUUUAUUGCAUUGCAUAUAUAUGCAGCCGUUUGCAUAGGAAGUACAACGGUACUAGCGGUAGGAACAAUACUUAUAGCAUAUCUUCAACACACCUGCGGAAUGUUUAGGAUCUCAAGUUACCGUAUUAAACGCGUAAUGAAGAUUAAUAUGCUACAAAAUAAUACUUUAGAGAACAAGAAUUUGAUAUUUCAAGGAAUAAUAUGUGCCAUCGAUAUUCAUCGGCAAGCAAUGAAAUUGUCUGAAUUGUUGGUAUACAAAUUUGAGACAAUGCUGUUCUGCUUAAUAGCAAUUGGUGUAAUGUCUUUAAGCCUUAACCUCUUCCAAAUUAGUACAUCUGAAAAUAACAAUAUCAACGAUUAUUUUUUCCCCAUUCUAUUCGUAAUGGUCAGUAUUUUAUAUAUGUUUGUUGCCAACUAUGUUGGGCAAGAUGUUAUGGAUCACACUAAAUACCUAUUCGUUACUGCGUACAGCGUUCCAUGGUAUCGAGCUCCCUUAUAUAUACAAAGAAUUAUGCUUUUUGUGUUGCAAAGAGGCACAAAAAAUUUUACUUUAACAGUUGGUGGAUUAUUUAUUGGAUCGUUAGAGUGUUUUGCGACGCUAGUGAAGGCUUCGGUAUCUUACUUUACUGUUAUGCAUUCUAUACAGUAACAAACCAAAAAUUAAAUCAGAUUAAAUAAGAAUAUAA